GUCUUUAGCAUAAGGUAGAGUGGUUAACAGCUUUUAUAUUUUAAUUGGCUAAAAAUGAUUGUAUUAUUUCUAUAGGCAUAAGCUAUAAAUAUGUUACGUAAUAGUUAAAGUUUUUCAUAGUACCUAUAGUUUCCUAACCUGUUGGCUGAGAUUAAAAGUUUUUAAAAUAAAAAUAAUACUCGGUUGUACCAGAUGAUUAUUGCAGUGGGCGUUUUAAUGUUAUGCUGUUUCGUGCAGUGAUGGUUUUUAUUAGAUUCCCUUUUUAUUGGUUCAGUAUUAUUAGUUUGUUGCUAAUAAACGUGUGCUCGAAAGGUUUCACUUAAUUUGAAAAAAUAAACAUUGUGUAUUGUUUGCUUGAAUCAAUUUUUAUGAUGGAAGACUAUUGGAAAACAGUUAUAUGUAAUCGACUAAAGAAUAGGAACAUAAGAGAACUUGAUGGCUAUCAAAGCCUUAUUAAUUUUUAUAAUAAGUUGUAUGAAAGUUCAUUACUUUUGCGAGCUCAAAAUUCUAAAUUAGAAUCACAAAUAUUACGAGGAAAUUCUAGUGGUGAUCUAAUGCUGACAGAAAAAAUCUCUACAUUAGAACAGAAAUUACUCAUGCAACAGGAAGAACUAACUGAAUUACACCGAAGACGUGGAGAAAACGCUCAACGAAGUAUUGAUUUGAAUGCAAAACUACAACAAGCUGAAAAAUUAUUACUUGAUAAAAAUAACAGGUUUGUAAAUUUAUAAUAUUUUGGAUUGUAUUAUUAU